GGGGCAGAGCAGAGGAGAUGCUGGUGAGGGAAACCGGUAGGAGGAACAACAGGUUUCUGCGGAUGUUUUAAUUUCAGCGAUCUGGAUAACGACUAACAAGCGAAUCCAAACACGAGCCCGUGAAAGCAGGUGGUAAUUAGUGGUUAGGCCUAAUUAGGAGGCCCUCGCCAGAUAACAUGAUGUCUGAAAAGAACAGUGGGUGUGCGGAGAAGCUGCAGUAGCCGGUGGUGAAGAGGGGGAGCCCAACACCUGGUGCCAAAUCCACCUGAUGCUGCAGCGUAAUCUGGUCACCUGGGAUUGAACACACACACACAAAGACGGCCAACAUGGCGUCAGACCCGCCCAUCCUGUCAGAGCAGCAGGAGCUGCAGAGGAGAGGCAAUCAGGUCACGGAUGAGUCCCUGGAGAGCACAAGGCGAAUGAUGCAACUGGUUGAGGAGAGUAAAGACGCCGGGAUCAGAGCUGUGGUUAUGCUGGAUGAACAAGGAGAGCAGUUGGAGCGCAUAGAGGAGGGCUUGGAUCAGAUCAACUCUGAUAUGAAGGAGGCAGAGAAAAACCUGACUGACCUGGGCAAGUGCUGUGGCCUCUGCUCCUGUGAUAAACUGAAGGCCUUUGAGGAAAGCGGGGCGUACAAGGCAGUUUGGGGCGGAGGAUCUGGUCAGGACGGCGUUGUGUCCAAUCAGCCGCCGUCGUCUCGAGUCGUUGAUGAGAGGGAGCAAAUGAUCAUGAGCGGAGGACACAUUCGAAGGGUGACUAACGAUGCCCGGGAGGACGAGAUGGAGGAGAACCUGGUUCAUGUCGGCAGCAUCAUUGGGAAUCUGAAGAGCAUGGCCCUGGACAUGGGCAACGAGAUAGACACACAGAACGUCCAGAUCGAGCGCAUACAGGGAAAGGCUAUACUCAACGUGUCCCGUAUCGACGCUGCCAACCAGAAGGCCAAUAACCUCAUUAAACGAUAGAAGGAGCGCUCUUUUGUUUCACUCUUCUUCUACUCAUUCACCAUACUUGCAAUUAGCCAAUGCUUCCACCUGUUUUGGGAAAGUGCUGCUGCCUUUAUUUACUGCUUUAUAUUGGUGUUUUUUUAAGCAGUGUUUUCUUUCGUGUGACAUUUUUGCUGCGGUUUGUCAAUUGCACCGAUUCUCAGUUGCGAGAAUCCUUUUAUGUGUCAUAUGAUUCUUUUAAUUAUUUCACGACAAGGCAUACGUCGCUUAAGGUUUCCCCUGUGAGAUGGCAUUUGUGGUCACUUAACAGUUCUAUCAUACGGAGCUUCAAUGAUGCCUGAAGGUUAAACUGGGUCACUGCACCAGCAGCAGCAGCAGAAUCAAGUCAAAUCAGGAAGUACUUCCACAAUGAAAACGACCCUGCCAAAGAGCGGCUCUGUUGGGCCUGUAUUUAACUUCUAUCGAGCAGAUAUUUUAAAAAAGAAAUAAAAUCUCUGAUAACCAUGUCCAGGAUAUAUGUCCAAAUUUCCACAAAAAAACUUCUGUGUAAUCACUUCUACACCCCCCUCAAUCUUUCUUUCUUGAAAAGCUAAAUAGAGGGUGAAACACGUGCGUGAUGGCGCCCUCUGCAGGCGCUGCUGGGUAUUGCCCAGCAGACAGAAACACGUAUUCUCUCCGAGGGGAAGAUCUCUGGCGACACCAAGAGGACGAGCAUGGAACCUGCCCUUCUUCCUGGCCUCUCCAUCUUCUUUCCACAUUGAUAUAAAAUGGUGGUGAAAUGACGAUAACUAGGAGUCUGAGCGCAUCAAUGUUUUUGGUGACCAUCAAAAUCUCUUAUAAGUCACAGCAUUGACUGAUUCUGAUUUUGUGCUUUGUUCAAUGUAUUUUUCAUUAAAGCCAAUGCGCUCA